UCAUAUUUAUCUUAUCUUUUCUCCAGUUUUUGUUGUCAACAAAAUUAUGAAGCGAUAUCAAGUAGUUUACCAUUUACUUAUCUUGAUUUCGUUAACACAUUCAGCCGCAGCUUCUGAUCAGUUGGCAAAGAACGAUCGCGAGAAAAAGUGUCAGUUUCCAGAUCCUUGCGGAACAACAAAUUCAACUGAACCUCUUAAGUUAGCAAAAAAAGGUUGCGAAGAAAAAUGUGGGAAAGUCGGUAUUCCAUUUCCUUUCGGAAUUGGCGUCAGUUGUUCGUUGGACAAACGGUACAAUGUGGAUUGUAUGAACUCAUCAAAACCAUAUCUGUCUGCAUUUGAAAAUGUAGAGGUAUUGAAUAUAAGUUUACAACAACAGACGAUCACGGUUAAGGUCUUAAUGACUUUUGACUGCCAAAGUCAAGUUUUGGAUGGUAGUCAAAUUUUAAUUAGUACUAUUAACCCUGGCAGCAAUGUAAUAAGUCCCUUUUUAUUUUCUAGAUUGCAUAAUAUAUUUGUCGUCGAGGGGUGUGGCAACGCUGUCAUCACGGACCAUGGGAAAACUGUCGCAGGAUGCUCAACGACUUGCCACAACGACACGUUUGUUGACAGAAAGAAGUGCUAUGGAAUGGGUUGUUGUCAAUCAACAAUUCCCUAUUAUCUCAAACAGUUCACCUUGAAUCUAACAGGCCUGGAUGAUGGAACUUGUGGGCCUGCCUUUUUGGUGGAUAAGGAUUUGUUUGUUAAUAGAAGCAGCGUCAAUCGGCCCCAGUCUAUUGAUAGGGACCAUUACUCUGUUCCGAUAUCACUUUUCUGGCCCCUAACAAUCGAUGACAUUCCAGUUCAUGAGCGUCAGGAGUGUAGACGGCUUAAGGUUCGUCUAAAUGAUGGUUCAUUUGAGGAUCAUAUUAAAUGCCAGUGUAAUGUAUCAGCUCAAGGAAAUCCAUAUCUAUCAAAUGGGUGCAAAAAAAGUGAAGACUGUAAACAAUGUGAGGGCUGGGGGGCUGUUUGUCGAAGCGAGGUAGUAGGCUAUAAUGAAGACGGUACCUUGCUCGUGGUACCAAAAUGUGAUGGCAUUGUGGUCUCCUAUGGCGGCGGAGUAUCAUUAGGCGGUAUUAUAGGUGUUGGAGUAAUCAUUGGGUUGCUUAUCCUGGCUGUGUUUAGUUAUUCACUGCACAACAUAAUCAAGAAAACAAUAGACAAGAGGCGGAAAAAGAAGUUUUUUAAACGCAAUGGUGGGCUACUUCUUAAACAGCAACAAGCAACAUAUACUGGCUUAGUUGAUAAAACCAUACUUUUCACAUCCAAAGAGUUGGACAGAGCCACUGACCAUUUUAAUGAGAACAGAAUUCUUGGCCGUGGAGGUCAAGGCACAGUAUACAAAGGCAUGUUAACAGAUGGAAGAAUUGUUGCAAUCAAGAAAUCAAAGGCGGUUGACGAAAGCCAAAUAGAGCAGUUCAUCAAUGAGAUUGUCAUACUUUCUCAAGUUAUUCAUAGGAAUGUGGUUAAACUAUUGGGAUGCUGUCUAGAGACAGAGGUCCCGCUGCUCGUCUCUGAGUUCAUUUCAAAUGGCACCUUGUAUGACCUUAUUCAAGAUGAGAGCGGUGAGUUCCCAAUGUCUUUGAACACGAGAAUACAAAUUGCCGCAGAGGUUGCAGGAGCACUUGCUUACUUGCAUUCGGCAACCUCCACUCCAAUAUAUCACAGGGACAUCAAGACAACGAAUAUACUCAUGGACGAAAAGUACAGGGCCAAGGUUUCUGACUUUGGAACUUCAAGGUUCGUAUCAAUAGAUCAAACUCACUUGACUACCAAAGUAAAAGGGACAUUUGGUUACUUGGAUCCAGAGUACUUUCAGUCUAGUCAGUUCACUGAAAAGAGUGAUGUCUAUAGUUUCGGGGUUGUUUUACUUGAACUCUUAACAAGAGAAAAGCCAAUUUCAUUGGCUAGAUUUGGUGAAUUUAGAAAUUUAGCUACACAUUUUAUUUUUGCUAUGGAAGAAGGUCGUGUGAUGUCUUUAUUUGACCCAAUGGUUGUCAAUGAGGGUUCAAGCGACGAGCUUUUGGCAAUAGCUAACUUGGCUAGUCAAUGUUUGAAUCCCAAUGGAAAAAAUAGGCCAACAAUGAACGAAGUAGCCUCAGAUCUGGAAGGCAUGAGAAUGCGGCGUAUGCCUUUAACUGUUCAAAUGAGUAUUGAACACUCAAAUUACAACGAGGAGCUUACCUCAAAGUUAGAAGGCAUGAGACUGCGGCGUACAACUUUUACAGUUCAAAAUAGUUCUGAACACACAAAUUACAGUGAGGAGCUACCACUAUUUACAUAUGAUAAGUCGACAUCAACGAGUUUCAAAGAUAGCAUUACUGAAAUCUGAAUGAAUAUUCAAACUAUAAGGUAAUGCUUGAUGAAGUCUUGAGUUCUCCCAUUGUUCUCUUGUAAUAAAGUAACACCCCAUUGUAAAUUCGAAAAGCAAAUUCUCAUACAUAUUAUUUGUUUUUCAAAGUCCAAUUAAUAUAGCUUUUCUUAAGAAUUUCA